AUGUGGACCGCCCUCGUGGUGGAGUAUUACACCAAAUUUCCCAUAACCCUCACAGAAGCCGAGGUUGAGAAGGCGAACGGUAACAACGCCGACGCAAUACAGGCCCGUAAGAAAAAGGACAUGAAAUACAUCAAAGGCUUCUUUACAAACGAGACACGGCCUGGUGGCACGGUCAAAGGCGGCCGCAAGCUUAUCAUCAAAAUAUGCCGUGCUGCUCUCGCACAGAAGAAGAAGCGCACGCGCAUGCCACUGCGGUGGCAGGCAUACUCGAAAUACGUCAACUUCCGCACGAACGACAACCUCAAGCUCGAAUUUCGACAGGCGUACGAGGCCCACUGCCAAGCACUUCCGCCAGAUACUGCACCACCCAGCGAGCUCACAUACCGGGGGAAAUGGCUUACCAGCCGCCUCGAUGCUGAGCCCGACAACGUAAAAGUCAUCGUCGAGGAGUUACGUCAAGCGAGGGCUACGUGUCGGCUUGAUGACUUGGGCAAAUCCUCCGCGGAGCCUGAGAACGACAGCGAAGGAAAUGAUGGUGGCCAGGACGAUGAAGGCGAGGACACUGAAGGCGAUGACAACGAAGGCGGCGAGGACGAGCAAGCCAGCGACCUCGUUUUCAAACACCCGAUGUAUGAUCCGGUAUCAUAUCAACAGCUCUGCGAAACUGUCCCGAACAUUGUCACAUCGGUCCUCGAUUCUUUGACCGUUGAAACCGGAUGGUCCUUUUGUGUCUUUGCCUGCGGUCCUGAGCCGAAGUACGGUGAUACAGCGCAGUCCUAUAGUUACGCGAACGGUGGAACGUCCGAACUUGCGAAUAUCAUAAAUGCACGGAACGCGGCGUGGCAGGCGUUUCAGACCGAGUGGGAUCAAUGGGCCGCUUUGCGAUAUCCAAACGGGUGGAAUGGCAUCCUGGAAGCUAUUGACAAACGGAUGGCCUCCGGUAUGACCAGAGACGAGGCCAUCGCCGACAUAGCAACUAUCUGCGAGGAGCCCCAACCGGAGCCGCCAAAGAAACACCGCCGUAAGACCACUGCCGCCACUGCUUCGCCUUCCCACAUCGAUUCUGGCCAAUCACCCGAUGACGGGCAGGGCUUCGCCGAUGGAUCCUCUGCGUUGGACACCAGACCUCGCCCUCGCCCUUGCCCGAUUGCUGGAGCAAGACCCUCGUCCAUCCCUUCUCACGAAGAGUCGCCUACUGCACCUGAAGAGCCCCGAAUCCCUGGCAAUGCAAACGCGUCGGACGCGUCGGGAAACGUGUCGGACGCGUCGGGAAACGCGUCGGACGUGUCGGGCAACGCAUCGGACGCGUCGGGAAACGCGUCGGACGCGUCGGGAAACGCGUCAAACACGUUGGGCAACACUUCGGAUGCAUCGGACAACGCGUCGAGCACGUCCAGCAAUGCGCCGCCUCGCAAUGCGCUGCUGCUGUCUCGCAGCGCAACUCCACCGCCUCGUGACACAACUCCUCCACCGCGCAAUGACUCGCCGGCACCACGCAACGUGACCCCACCGCAUCGUGACGCGACUCCUCCGCCACGCACCGACUCGCCGGCGCCUCGCAAUGACUCGCCGGUGCCCCGCAAUGCGACCCCACCGCCUCGUGACGCGACUCCUCCGCCGCGCAAUGACUCGCCGGCGCCGCGUAAUGCGACCCCGCCGCAUCGUGAUGCGACUCCUCCGCCGCGCAACAACUCGCCGGCGCCCCGCAACAACUCGCCGGCGCCCCGCAACAACUCGCCAGCGCCCCGCAACAACUCGCCGGCGCCUCGCAACAACUCGCCGGCGCCCCGCAAUGCAUCUCCGCCGCCCGAUUGUGACAGGAGCACCGAGGCCGCCGUCUAUGUGCCCACCUGGCAGACAUGGGUCCAGGGCGCAGUUGACAGCUGGCGGUCAGUACUGCUCGAUAUCGGCGCCGAUCAUCUUCAAGAGACUAUCAAUCCACUCCUCGAUGCGUGGGUCGCAUUCGAGGCCGCGCGAGGUUAUACCGACGGGAACCGCAACAUGUCGACAACCUCCCGGCCUAGCCAGGUCCACUGGUGGAUGGUCCAAACCAAGCGCGACCCGGACAACAUCCCCGACAUAAUCCUGUUGCGCGAAUUCGUCGUUCGGUGGAGAGAGUGGUUGCGAGCCUUGUCCCCUGACUGGUGCCUUGCGGAUGGCCGCAUCAGCUGUGUUGCCCAGGUGCCAGAGGAUGCGGACUGGAGAUAUCUCACAUACAGUGGCUCCAAAGGCAUGAUGCUCGUGGUCGCCUCCGUGGUAUGGUGGGGAACGGUCGUCUCGUAUCAUCGUGAAGGAAUUCUUGCCGACUGGAUAGCAGCUGUGAAGGAGGUCACCUGGAUUCUCCACCACGCCGCACCAUCGUCUACUUCCGCCUCUACCUCAGCUUCUCGCACCUCUUCCACGAACCUCAAGAAGAAGAAUACUCAGAAGAGGGUGGCCGAGACAACCGGACUGCAGACAAGGUCGCGAUCGUCUACCGCAACGGCCAAGAAGCGCGGACCUAAGCGGGCAGCGGACAAGACUGACAUUUCCACACGCUCUACGAAGAAGCCGCGUCACAAAUGA